AUGGCCCGCUGCUUGGGCUCCGUGCCGCUGCUGCUGCUGCUGCUGCUGCUACAGCUGCUUCUGAGGUCUACGAGCUCGGCCGCACGGAACCGAUGCGUGGACGCGGCCGAGGCGUGCACGGCGGACGCGCGGUGCCAGCAGCUACGCACGGAGUACGUGGCGCAGUGCCUGGGUGGAGGCGCGGGCGGGCCGUGUCCCCGCGCUCGCUGCCGCCGCGCCUUGCGCCGCUUCUUCGCCCGCGGGCCGCCCGCGCUCACGCACGCGCUGCUCUUCUGCCCGUGCGCGGACCCCGUGUGCGCCGAGCGCCGGCGCCAGACCUUCGUGCCCGCCUGCGCCUUCUCCCGGCCCGGCCGGGCGCCGCCCUCCUGCCUGGCGCCCUUAGACACCUGCGAGCACAGCGGGGUCUGCAGACCCCGCCUCCUGGCCUUCCAGGCCUCCUGCGCGCCCGCCCCCAGUGCCCCCGACGGCUGCCCGCGAGAUCAGGCCUCCCGCUGUCUGCGCGCCUACGCGGGCCUCGUAGGCACCGCAGUCACCCCCAACUAUGUGGACAACGGGAGCGCGCGCGUGGCGCCCUGGUGCGACUGCGGAGCCAGCGGAAAUCGACGGGAGGAGUGCGAAGCCUUCCGGGAGCUCUUCACCGGGAACCGCUGCUUGGAUGGCGCUAUACAGGCCUUUGACAGCUGGCAGCCCCCAGUCCUGCAGGCCCAUCCAGACUCCAGCCAGGACCUUGAGCACAGCCUCCUGCAGGUAUCCUCCACAGAUGGGCCCCUGAAGGGGUGCUCCCUGCUCUAUCUCCCUGUCUUGGCUCUCCAGACUCUGCUCUGACUAGAACAGCAGACCUUGAACAGCACAGCCAACUGUCCCACCCUGCCGGGGUACAUGGCCACCUCUGUGGCCUACUGCCCCACUGAAAAGGGACUGGUUUACCUUCCCCCCCCCUCCCGGACCCCCAAGCUAGCCCCAGUGGCUCUUGCCCUGCUGCCCCCUGCAGGUCUGGACAUCCUGUGUGCUUGUCCCCUGGAGUGAGGCAUAUAGGCUACAGGCCUAAUUGCGAAGCUCAUGGUUUCCCUUUCAGUCGGUUUCUUGGUUGUAGGUCUCUUUCUCCACAGACCUUGGAACAGUUGGAGUUUCCCAAAGGUUAGGCAUGAGAGGGGGUCACCUGUGUAGCCGAGGCCUCACCAGGCCCCAAGAUAACCUAGAGAGGGUGAGAGACCAACCAAACUCCAAGAAUUAUAGGAGAUUUUAUCAGCCCCCCAAGCAGAUUAUACCUUAAAGAGUAAUCUGAACAGACUUAUAGGCAAAACCCCCGCUAACUCUGCAGCCUUUCAUGGCCCCUUCCCAGUUAUGUGCCACUCAUGAUGAUAAUCACCCGCGUCCCAUGACAAACGUCCCAUGGCAGAGUGAUAUGUUGCUUGGUGGGUACCACCUUGAGUAGGUGGGAACCCAGUUCCCUGCAUUGCACUGGCCAUGUAGCCACCUACCCCAUGGUUUAACCCAGCACUGGGAAUGGUAUCCACAGCUCAAUAAAUCGAUGUUCACUGA